AAACUCAUGUGGAAUAUAAUGUGUGAAAACACUGCUGCUGAUGUCAAGCAGCUGUCAGCUUGCUUCGGCGAACUGGGUUGCGCCUUCAGUAACAUGUGGCUGUCUGGCCUGUGGACGGCCGACGACACUGUCGCAGUUUUGAACGAAGUGACCGCAAUACCUGACGGCUGGUUAGCUGAAAAGGUGGCCUGCCUGCUUCAUGCGGCCGGUAAGUUUCACUCCUAG